CCGAGAACUCCAAAAUGCGCUCGUUGUAGAAACCACGGGGUUGUUUCAGCCCUGAAGGGGCAUAAAAGAUAUUGUAGAUGGCGUGACUGUGCAUGCGCCAAGUGUACCCUGAUAGCCGAAAGACAGAGGGUAAUGGCCGCCCAAGUGGCU